UACUUUCUCUCUUCAAUGCGACAGUAGAAUAUUUGCAAUAGUAAUAUUUUCUGUGGCUAUUUUUAAUCGAUAGUUACUUGUAAUAGUAUUCGAAGAGUUUAUAAGCUCUUGAAUGGCUACAUGGUCUUGGGCAUUGGCGGUUUGUAGAUGAUUGUAUCCGAAGACCAAGACUUGUGUCUCAUGGUUUACAAAUCCAAACACUACACUGUUUCGAUGGCGACGCCUAUAUAAUAAGGAUAUCAUCAAGCUAUGAAAUUUUAUUCAAACACAGAAGCUAGUAAUAAACUUUCCUCGAAAAAAUGAUGGAGGAUUUGGAGAAAAAGUUGUACGAUGCUGCGGUGGAGGGCAACACGAAGACGCUCCAAGAACUGCUCAGACAAGAUCCAAUCAUCCUCGAACGAGCUGUGGCAAAUUGUUUCUCGGAGACACCUCUCCACGUGGCAGCAAUGUUAGGCCACUCGGAUUUUGUGAGGGAGAUCGUUAGGAUCAAUCCGCGGCUGACAAAUGAAUUGAAUUCAAUGCAAUCGACUCCUCUUCAUCUGGCUUCGGCUAAAGGUCAUGUGGAGGUAGUGAGGAUUUUGAUUUAUGUCGAUCCUCAGACAUGUCUGGCUCGAGACAGGAACCAGAUGACAGCUCUUCAUCUAGCAGCACUCAAAGGCAGGAUUGAAGUCGUGAAGGUUUUGCUCGGGGAAAAGCUCGAUGCAGCGCAGCUUUCAGUACAUAAAGGUGAGAAUAUCUUACAUCUUUGUGUCAAACACCAUCAGCUCGAGGCUCUGAAGCUCCUGCUUGACAAAGUCUCCGAUGAAGAGUUAGUUAAUGCUAAAGACUCCGACGGCAACACUCUUCUGCAUUUAGCUGUCGCGCAUAAGCAGGUCGAGACUAUCGAGUUCUUGCUUGGCGUGGCUGCGCUCGAUGCAAAUGCAAAGAAUCUAAACCGAAUGACGGCUUUAGAUAUUCUAAUCCAAAGCAGAAGUGAUCUAAGGGAUGCAGAGAUUCUAGAAUCUCUUAGACAGGCUAAUGUGGAUGGAGUACAAGACUAUGAUCAAGGAUCACGAUUUCAUCAAGACUCGGCGAGCCAAGUCUCAUCUUUUCUUGUCAAUCCUAAUCCAACAUUCCCAACUAAUAUCAGAAACAAGGAGAAGUAUCGAGAAGAUUGGCUAGAGGAAAUGCGCAGCGCGUUGAUGAUUGUAGCUUCACUAAUAGCAACCAUGGCCUUCCAAGUUGGAGUUAAUCCUCCCGGUGGCCUCUGGCAGGACGACAGCAAACCAGGCGAUCAACCUGUUUAUAAGGCAGGCUUCUCAAUAUUUGCGCGGAAUUAUCCAGAAGAUUAUGUAGUAUUUUACAUCUUCAACACAAUAAGCUUAAUCUCAUCUCUCAGCAUCAUACUUCUUCUGAUCAGUGGUUUGCCGGUGACGCGCAAGCUUUUUGUGUGGAUCCUAAUGGUGGUCACUUGGAUUGCAAUUACAGCUACGGCGCUGACUUAUAGCUUGGUUAUAUCAGCUGUGACACCGGCCGAGCGAGGCAAAAGUAUGGAGAAUGUCAUCAGAAUAACAAUAUUAGUGUGGAUUGUGUUGAUGGUACUCCUCCUCAUUGUCCACACGAUGCGCUUGAUCGUGAAGAUAAUUAAAAAGCUGAAAGAAAGACUGUGUGGGAGGCCAAGGAUGGGUUCAGCUACCACGGUUGGUCGUGUUCAGAAACUAUAUGCUCGAUAUGUGAGGUUAUUGUGAAGUGAUAACGAAUGAAUUUGUGUGUGAUUUUGUUGUCGAUAUUUCUCCGCAACUUUUCCGAACAUUUGUAAGUGAAUAAAAUAUAUGGAUAUCAAUGGUUUGAUAGUCUUGUGGUAAA